AGAAAGUAGUGUUACAUAAAAUGGGUUUAAAGAGAGUGUACGGUUUGUGUAUUGUAUCUUUGGUACUUAUGGCUGUUGUAACGAUGGCCACGGUCGAAGAAGAAGCGGCUAAAGAUGAAUCAUGGACUGAUUGGGCCAAGGAGAAGAUCGGUCUGAAGCAUGAAGAGCACCACGUGCCAAACACUCACACCACCACAACAGUCCAAGACAACGCUUAUGGAGCCGCUGAUAAGGCCAAGGACGCUAAGGACGCGGCUAGACGCAAAGCAGAGGAAGCGGCUGGAGCGACCAAGGAGAAAGCAGAGGGUGCUUACGAGACGGCAAAAUCAAAAGCAGGCGAGACUAUUGGUUCCGUGAAAGACAAGGCAUCUCAGAGCUACGAUUCAGCCGGUCAAGUUAAAGAUGACUUGUCUCACAAGUCAAAACAAGUUAAAGAUAGUUUGUCUGGCGAUAACACCGAUGAGUCAUGGACUGAUUGGGCUAAAGAGAAAGUCGGGAUUAAGCAUGAUGAUCAUGAAAACUACCCUAACGUGGGGGACACGGUGUCUGAGAAGGCUAAAGAAGCCAAGGACGCGGCCAAACGCAAAGCAGGAGACGCUAAGGUGAGGUUGGAAGAAACGGUUGAGGCGGCUAAGGAGAAAGCGAGCGAUCUGACGAGUGCGGCUAAGGAGAAGGCGGAGAGGUUGAAGGAGGAAGCUGAGAGAGACAGCAAGAGUGCGAAGGACAAGAGUAAAGAAAGCUACGAGACUGCUAAAUCUAAAGCCGAUGAGACUUUAGAGUCUGCGAAAGAUAAAGCGUCUCAGAGCUAUGAUUCAGCUGCAAAGAAAACAGAGCAAGCUAAAGAUACCGUGACGCACAAGUCAAAGCGAGUUAAGGGUGCCUUAGACGAAGAUGAUGCUGAGCUCUAAAAUGUGGGAGGAAAGUAAUAUCGAGAGAGUGAUGUUGUUUUUAUCACUGAUCUUUAAAUAUGUGUAUCGUGUCUGGAUCUUUUGUUUAUGUUUCUUUUUACUUCUCUUUUGGUUUCAUCAUGUAUGUUGAUCUCUUUGGGUAUUUACAUAUAUGAUAUAUAGUACGUUUUGG